UACGCAAAAGCAUAGUUUUUCAGUUUAGUACAUAGUUUUUCACUAUCACAAUUAUUCCAGGUGAGGUGCCUGUUGAAAACUCAAAAACCUAUAUCUUCUGGGCAAAAUAUUGCAGUGGUGUCACAACAGGUCUACUGUAAGUUUCACAUGUGGAUCUGGUAGAUAUCACUACAACAACUUGCCGCCGAUGUGUCUGAUAUUUUUAUUCUGAGAUUUAUUGUGGAUUAUAUUAUAUUCAAGCAGCUGUGUAUUUGAAGGAUUUAUCGAAACAUAAGAAAAAUGGAUCCUACUGAUAAUGAAUCAAAUUACUCAGAGCUGACAAACAGAUCUGAAAGAUCAAAACAUCGAAGACAUCGUUCUCCUCAUGAUCGUUCUAACAAAAGACACAGGAGUCGAGGUAGCAACCACGAGCUUGAUGACAGUGGAGGAGAAAAGAUAGUCACAAUUCGAACACCACCGCUAGACACUAGUCGCAAUGAAAACAACAGAUCAGAAGAUGUUCAUGUUGACAUGCCUCAGGACGACAACUGGGGAGAAACAAACACUUUCAUCUCUGGCACAACCGACGUCACGAAUUUGAGUCACGAAUCGCUGGCAAAAUUUCGAAAAGACAUUGAAGCAUCAAUAGGUUUUCGAGAUUUUGGUUUUGUUGCAACUGUCAUACUUGCGUUCAUCUCGUUUGUUACCCCAAUCGCAUUUGUUGUCUUACCACUAUUUUUUGGCCCGGGAGAUACAUCUUGUGCCACACCAUGUCAGGGACUUUUAAUCAGUAUGUCAUUCAAGUUAUUGAUACUUUUGAUUGGAUCAUGGGCGUUGUUUUUCAGAAGGCCGAGAGCAAAUAUGCCGCGUGUCUUUUUAUUCAGAGCAAUGGUUAUGGGACUGGUGUUGAUCAUUACAUUAACAUACUGGCUAUUCUAUGGAGUACGGAUAUUGGACAAAUCAGUCUCAGAUGAUGAAGUUCAAUAUAAGGACAUUGUUGAGUAUGCAGAAACCCUCACAAACUGUCUGCUUUUUAUUCACUACCUCGCUGUUGUUCUUCUUGAAGUACGUCAACUCCAGACAAGUUAUAUUAUUGAAGUUAUAAGAUCAACAGAUGGUGAAAGAAGGUUUUACAACAUCGGAGAGUUAAGCAUUCAGAGGACUGCAGUGUGGGUCUUGGAACAAUAUUAUAGAGACUUUCCAGUUUACAACCCUGCUUUACUUCACAUUCCAUCUCGAUCUGCUCGCAUGAAACAACUCACUGCUCAGAAUUUUAAAGUUUAUGAUGUUGAUGGUCCCUCCAAUGACACACAAGCUAAGACGAGGGCAAUGAUGGCAGCAGUCGCAAGACGAAGAGAUGCUGGACAUAAUGAACGAUAUUAUGAAGAAGCUGAAUAUGAAAGAAGAAUUAGAAAACGAAGAGCAAGGUUAAUCGCUGCAACAGAAGAUGCAUUUACACACAUAAGAAGGGCAAAUGAGCAAGAUGCGGCUAGUGGAGCAAAAUCAUCAAAUGAAGUUAUGAAUCCUGAUGAAGCUUCCCAGGCCAUAUUUCCUGCAUUGGCAAGAGCGCUACAGAAAUAUUUGAGAACUACAAGACAGCAUCAGCAUUAUCAGAUCGAAGAUAUCUUGAAACAUCUUGGUUUUUGUAUUAAAAAUGAUAUGACGCCAAAGGCAUUUCUUGAAAGAUAUAUUCAUCCUGGUUCCCUCAUGACGUAUGAUCAACAGCAGAGAGAAUCAACAUCUUGGCAAUUAGUCAGUGAUGAACCUCUUGUUAAUUCUAUCAAGGAUAACACAGUGAUUCGCUUAAGUCAACCAGAGUAUUCUCUUAUAAUGACUGUUCGUAAAUCACCAAGAAUUCGUCUCCAAGAAGAUUAUGUUGAACCUAGUUCACAUCGGUUUGUGUUGCGCCUACAAAGUGAGACAUCUGUUUAAGGAUGUAGUAUAUGAGGACCUGAUUAUCAGUUCGAUAGCAAUAGUCAUAUUGGUACGUUAUUGCAGUGUUGUCUUGUGAUUUUCGAGUGGUGGCAAGGUCUUAUUGUGGAAUGACUUAUGAAAAGGUGAAAUCUCAGAUCUGUGACUUCUUAAUGCCAGCAUGCGCUUAAUCAAAAAACUCAGAUUGCGUUAGCCUGCGCAUCAAGAGAUUUCAGAGUUAUAGUGAUGUGUAUUUUAAACUGUCUGAACUGUUUUGUCAGAGCGUCUAAACAUUAUAUUUUAUUACCUUUCUUUACUGUACAAUUAGAUGACACAUAAGCUAUGGAGAUAGUCUGUUUAAUAAUCCGAAGUGACAUUUCAAAUUUGUGGAGGAAAAUUUAUUGUUUUCUGCAAUGUUGAUUCCUGCUUUUAAUAAAGAUUACUUCAAAAUUCAAACUUAUUGUGCUUGUGAUUUUAAAUUCCCAACCGAGAUUUUAAACUGUUUUAAAAGCCAAACAUGCAAAUGUGCCUUUGGUAUUUCAGUAGCCUUGCUGUAGUCAAUCCCAAAGAAAGCUGUUUUGGAAUCAUCAUUGAAUGAUUACUAGGAAAGUAGUUAUACCUUGUCACAUGAUAUAAAAAUUCUAUUCAUUGUCAGCUUUCAGACCUCUCAUGUUUACAAAUACUUUUAAAGAGUUCUACUCAUCUGCCAACCAUGUAUUUAUUUUGUCUUGUAUUUUUAAAUGAUUGAAAAGACAUUUUUGUACCUUUUACGCUAUUAUUUGUUUUGAAUUUGGUUCAUCCUUUAUCACCCACCCAUCCUCAUUUUUCAUUGUUUGGUUAGGAAGUUAUUGCGUUUAUGAUACCAUAAAAUACUGGUUACUUGUGGUAAUCCUUGUUGUAAAGCUUUUUGUACAUGAAGGUAUGCUAACAAUAUCUUUGCCAAGUUCGACUAUGAUGUUCAUAAGUUUUUGUUUAAGUUCUGUCUCGAAUUAACUCAAUUAAAAAUAUUCACAUGUGUUCAAGUUGAACUCAAAUUCCGGAUUUUCAAAAUUACAUUUAUGGUAAGUAUAGUGCCACUGAUACAGAUGCUUUCAUUUAUUGCUACAUAGCGUUGUUCACGCUGAGUGACAAACUCGCUUUUUAUACUUUAAACUUUGAGUCGCUGAAUAAAAAGCCUAUUGUGUUGUUUGGUUUAAA